AUGGAUUCAUCCAAAUCAAUGAUAAUCUAUGUCUCGGCAAGAAGAGGCCAAACCCUAACACAAACCCCUUAUAAUGGAAAUGGAAAGAGUCCUUUAAUGUGGAGUGAGGAUUUAAGGCUUCAAGAUUUAGGACCAGCUUCAUCAUGCUUAGAUGAUCCUUUCAAAGGUGAUCAAAUUCAAAUUCAAAUUGCACCACCAUCAAUGGAUAGAGGAAACGAUAUCGAAAGCAUAGACAUUUAUGAUACAAAGCCUUUACUUCAAGGAGAGAUUCUAGGUGAAAAGAAAUUCGAUACAUCGAUGAAUAAUAAACUCGAAAGGCCAUCACCAAGAAGAGGCCAACAACUUCAUGCUGAGAGAAUGAAUAAUCCUAUGAUUAGUACUGGUAUCAUGGCACAAGGUAGAGGCUCACCAUUUGGAUGA